AUGUCCGACAAACUCACCCGUGUCGCUAUCGUGAACAGCGAUAAGUGCAAGCCCAAGAAGUGCCGUCAGGAGUGCAAGAAGUCAUGCCCUGUCGUUCGCUCCGGAAAGCUCUGCAUCGAAGUCAGCCCUGAGUCCCGAAUCGCCUUCUUGUCCGAGUCGCUAUGCAUCGGUUGUGGUAUCUGCCCCAAGAAGUGCCCCUUCAGCGCCAUUACCAUCAUCAACCUGCCCACGAACCUCGAGACCCAGGUCACCCACCGAUAUUCCGCCAACAGCUUCAAGCUCCACCGUCUGCCUAUGCCCCGUCCUGGUAACGUCCUGGGUCUUGUCGGUACCAACGGUAUUGGAAAGAGUACCGCCCUGAAGAUUCUUUCCGGAAAGCUCAAGCCCAACUUGGGUCGCUACGACAACCCCCCUGACUGGGAGGAUGUUAUCAAGUACUUCCGUGGCUCUGAACUUCAGAACUACUUCACCAAGCUCUUGGAGGACGACCUCAAGGCUGUCGUCAAGCCCCAGUAUGUCGACCAAAUUCCCCGCGCCGUCAAGGGCCCCAUGAAGUCCGUGGAGGCUUUGAUCGACGCUCAGUCCUCUCUCGGCAACAAGAAGGAGGUUUGCGACGUUCUGGAGCUCAACCACAUCAUGGAUCGUGAGAUCAACCUGUUGUCCGGUGGCGAGCUGCAGCGCUUCGCCAUCGGAACUGUUUGUGUCCGCAAGGCCGACGUGUACAUGUUCGACGAGCCUUCCUCCUACCUCGAUGUCAAGCAGAGGUUGGCUGCCGCCCGUAUCAUCCGCUCCCUCCUCCGCGACGACGACUACGUCAUUGUCGUCGAGCACGACUUGUCAGUCCUGGACUACCUCUCAGACUUUAUUUGCGUCCUGUACGGUCAGCCCGCGGUUUACGGUGUCGUUACACUGCCCCAGUCCGUCCGUGAAGGUAUCAACAUCUUCCUCGACGGUCACAUCCCUACCGAGAACCUGCGUUUCCGUGACGAGUCCUUGACCUUCAAGCUUGCCGAGGCCGCGGACGAGUUCAACGCCGACAAGAGCCGUGCCUUCAAGUACCCCAAGAUGCAGAAGACUCUUGGCAACUUCAAGCUGAGCAUCGAGUCCGGUGACUUCACCGACUCCGAGAUCAUCGUCAUGAUGGGUGAGAACGGAACCGGAAAGACCACGUUCUGCCGCAUGCUUGCUGGUGCCCUCAAGCCCGACAGCAAGGCCCAGGUUCCCGAGAUGAAGAUCUCCAUGAAGCCUCAGACCAUCACUCCCAAGUUCGAGGGUACCGUCCGUCAACUCUUCUUCAAGAAGAUCAGGGCCGCUUUCCUGUCCCCUCAGUUCCAGACCGACGUUGUCAAGCCCUUGAAGCUCGACGACUUCAUCGACCAGGAGGUCAAGAACUUGUCCGGUGGUGAAUUGCAGCGUGUUGCCAUCGUCUUGGCCCUUGGUAUCCCUGCCGACAUCUACCUCAUCGACGAGCCCUCCGCCUACCUCGACUCCGAACAGCGUAUCAUUGCUUCCCGCGUCAUCAAGCGUUUCAUCAUGCACGCCAAGAAGACCGCUUUCAUCGUCGAGCACGAUUUCAUCAUGGCCACCUACCUCGCCGACCGUGUCAUCGUCUUUGACGGAAAGCCCGGUAUCGACGCCCACGCCAACAAGCCCGAGUCUCUGCUCACCGGCUGCAACUCCUUCCUGAAGAACCUCGACGUCUCCUUCCGUCGCGAUCCCACCAACUACCGUCCUCGUAUCAACAAGCUGAACUCCCAGCUUGACCAGGAACAGAAGAUGAAUGGAAACUACUUCUUCUUGGACGACAGCGAUAAGACGAGUUAA